CAAUAUUCAGCUCACUGUGUGAGACUCAAAAUAGGAAAACGGUUCUUAAAAUCAUUUGUGGGUGCGAUUGGAGUUUUCAAAAUCCCUAAAUUGAUGGUGGCUGCCGCCGGCCGGGGUCCGCCAUUGCCGCGUGCUCUGUCGCCGGUCUUCUCAACCGCCGUCUCGCAAUACGAGUCGCUGCUGCACCGCUGCGCCACCGCCGGAAAAUCCCUGGCCACCACGGAGAAGCUUCACGGCCGCUCGAUCACUUUCGGCCUCAUCUCCAAUUACAUCCUUUCUCUACUGACCUCCGCCUACGCCCUCUGCGGCCAUUUACCCUAUGCCCGCAAACUGUUCGACGAAUUGCCCAAGAAGACUGCGAUUGCUUGCAAAAGCAUGAUAAGAAUGUACGCCGAGAAUGGGCGUCCCCGCGACGCCCUCCACCUGUUUGUCGAAACACGGGCGUGUUAUUCCAACACGGCCGAUGAGUAUACUUACCCCUUCGUGCUCCGGGCGUGUCGGGACUUGGCUAUGGUGGAAGUUGGAAUGGUGAUCCAUGGAUUGACGAUUAAGAGUGGCUCUGCGUCGGCGACAUUCGUCAGGAACUCGCUGCUCGCCAUGUACAUGAGCUGCGGCGACAGAGAAGGAGCUUCGAGAGUGUUUGCUGCAAUGGAGACGAAGACCGCCGUGUCAUGGAACACGAUGAUCAGUGGCUGCUUUAGGAACGGCAGUGCGAAGGAGGCUUUGAUGGUUUUCGACGCCAUGGUGGAGAGCGAUGCCGAUGCAAUCGAUUCUGUGACGGCACUGUCGGCUCUGCCGGCUUGCGGACAUCUGAAAGACUUGCAGUCGGGACGACGCAUUCAUCGUUUGGUCGAAAGUAAAGGGAUCACGAAAAGAAUAGCCGUUCAGAAUGCACUUAUCGAUAUGUACGUCAAGUGCGGAGAAAUGGAUUCGGCGCGCGGCGUUUUCGAUGGAAUGGCGGAACGAGACGUCGUGACAUGGACUAGUGUGAUCAACGGCUACAUUUCCGUAGGCGAUACGAAUGGUGCGUUGGAGAUGUUCGGUUUAAUGCAAGUCGAAGGCGUGACACCAAACGAGGUUACAUUAGCUUCGCUUACGGCGAUGUGUGCUGCUUCCCGCGAUUUAAAUCUCGGGAAAUGCUUGCACGGAUGGACCGUCCGUCGUGAGGUCGAAUGCGACGUUAACGUCGAAACUGCGCUGAUCGAUAUGUACGCGAAAUGCGGCCGUAUGAACCUUAGCUUGAGAGUGUUUAAUACGACUUCGAAAAAGGACACAACGCCGUGGAGCGCAAUUUUCUCCGGGUACAUUCACAACAAGAUGGCUGCCGAAGCGAUUGAUCUUUUUAAACUAAUGCAGAGGGAAGGGACGAGACCGGACGAGGCGACAUGGAAGAGCCUCCUGCCGGCGUACGCCGUCGAAGCUGAUAUGCGUCGAGCUAUGAGCAUCCACGGAUACUUGCUGCGAUCGGGAUUCGUUGGCAAACCGGACAUCAUAACGACGUUAAUGGAUAUAUACGCGAAAUGCGGAUGCCUACGCUACGCGCAUGACCUCUUCGACGCUCUCCCGGCAAAAAAUCGGGACAUCGUCGCGUGGAGCGUGAUCAUUGCCGGUUACGGGAAGCACGGGCAAGGCCAGCUCGUGCUGUCUCUCUUCGACAGGAUGGUCGAGUCGGGCGUCGAGCCGAACGAGAUAACGUUUACGUCGGUGCUGCAUGCAUGCGGGCACGCGGGAUUGGUCAACGACGGGUUGAAGUUGUUCGAGUUCAUGCAGCGAAAGUCACCGGAGAUUCUUCGGAUGGAUCAUUACACGUGCAUUGUCGAUCUUCUCGGCCGGGCUGGCCGGGUCGAGGAAGCGUAUGCCGUGAUUCGUUCGAUGGGUUUCGAGCCCAGCCACGCCGUUUGGGGGGCGCUGCUGGGGGCGUGCGCCAUACACGAAAAUGUGGAGCUCGGGGAGGUGGCGGCUGGGUGGCUGUUCAAGCUGGAGCCGGAGAACACCGGGAAUUAUGUGCUGAUGGGGAAUAUAUACUCGGCGGCCGGAAGGUUUGGCGCGGCCGAGGAGAUGAGGCGGAUGAUGGACGGCGUUGGACUAAUUAAAGCUCCGGCGAAUAGUGUCGCAGCUUAAGGUUGAAGAGACGAUGGAUCGGGAUCAAGUAAAAGUUCUGGUGUGUUUUUUUACCCAAAUUUCAUAUUUAUGUUAUUUGAAUUUUGGGUUUUCAAAUAUAUAUAUUUUUUUAAAAAAAAGUAUUUCUAAGGUAUAUUAUUUUAAUAUCAAAGAGUUAUCAAACUCCAUAAAAGAAUACACCCGAUUGUUGAAAUUAAAUAUAUUAAAGCUUUUAAAGUAAGUUCGUAAAGAUUCACAAGAAAAAAAUUGUGGGUGUAUUUUGUUUCGGAGGUUUUGAUUUUUGUAUUGUACUUUGAAUUGGUAAAAAUUUUGAAUGAAUUUUUGAGAUAAUAUAUUG